GAGAUGAUGGAGCCUGUUGAUCAGAGGAUCCAGGUCUCCUAUAAAUUUGCUGCUGAGGAGAGCCCUAUAAAUGUUCUCCAUAUUUGGAUAGAAAAAAAUGGCAACGAGGGAUCUGCACUACUUCGAUUAGCCAAGAAAACCGUAAAAAAAUAUGAAGCCCUCGUCACUCAGAUAAAGGCCCAGAGAAAGAUUUCUAUAUAAGGAAAGGUCAUGUAUAAAAAGAUCGAAGAGCUUGAUCUGAUCUUGACCUACCAGGGGAAGUACGGCGGCUCCCUACAAAAUCUGGAAAGAACUGAGUCUUCGACUGCCAGGAAAAAGAGAAUCCAGUUGGAGUCGGAGGAAGAGAGAUUGAGAUCGAGUAUUGAGAAGGCUUUCAACACAUACAAAUCAUUGAUCUCCUCUGAAAUAAGUAGCCGGAAAAAUUUCCUGAAGACCAUGAGUGUCAUCCGUGACCAAUCCAGUGUCCUUGAGAAGAAGCGUCUGAAGGUCGUUGCUCAGGCGUACAGGAUAUACAUCUCACUACUGGAGACUGCAGAACAUCUCAAUCCAAGAAGAGAAAGUAUUCUGCAACACAUGCGAAGUAUGGCAUCUGCAAUGAUCGAUGUCCAAACGAACAUGUUCAGGCAGUGGGCAAAGGACAGGAUCAGGCGCUACAGAUUUGAAUUGUUCACAGAUGACUGGACUCAAUAUGGAUUGGGCAUUGUAACCAACAAUGUACCUGAUGUAGAGAUACCAGCCAAUCUCCACUUGCUGUCCGAGUCUGACAAAACAGAUUCAAGCACUGAAGAAAGAUCUGGACAAUCACAGGAGGACUUCCAAAAUACCAAUAAGGCUCCUGAUGUACACCUGGCUAAUAUCUCAGAUGGAUCAGAUCAGGCCACCAACCAUGCCAAUGAGGGACCAGAACAGUCACUGCCUAAGAAGGCGAGUACAGAUGUUGACGAUCCCGGCCGGGGUCCUCAAGGUGCCAUUCCAAAGGUCAGAUGCCAGACUGAUAAAAAUGAAGAUUCACCAGCCAUUCGGCACAAGGCCAAUCGCAGACAGAUUGGACCCAAACCUGUUGUAAUGCAACCACCACCGAAAUCUUCGACGGAUGGGUGGAAAGCCACACAGACACCAAUUGGCAAUCUAACACUUCCAGCUAAAAGCGAUGGAAAGGUGAAAAGGAAAAGCCAGAAUGCAGACAAUGAUGGCGUGACUCAUGUGUCCUCUGAGAAAGAACCCGAGGACACCAAAACACCAGAGAAAGGUGGUAAAAGGUCACAACAAUCUGCCAAUGAUCAGGCCCAGAAAGAUACAGCAAGCUCUGCCUCACAGGACCCUUUAGAAUGGAAGGUAUGGACUGGCACAGAUCAUCCUUACUAUACCCCCGGAGAUCCUUCCGACCUGGAAACGUACGUUCUUCCAGAGGGGACCACUAAGAGGCCAGAAGCCCCUUUUCCUCCAAUGAUCAACAACUGGAUGGAUCCUGAUAUUUUGCCACUGGAGCCAAACUCUUCAGCACAUAAUCUGCUGUCCCAGUUCCUGGCAAAAACAAAAGCUAAGUUCAGGCCAUCCAAAAAAGCCAGGAAAUUGAGCAGUCCAGAGAUAGAGUCUGGUCCCAUUCCAUUUGAUUUUGGAUAUGAUGAUGUGGAUGAGGUUUCCACACCCAUCAACACAGCGUCUCACAUAGUGAACAAAGGGGACCAGGUACCACCCCCAACUCCAGGAACUAGUCAGUCCGUGGAGAAAUCUGGAGACAAGAAGGCUGCAAGUGGAUCCGAAUCCAGCGAUGCUGACAUAGAAACACUUGCAUCAAAACGCCAUUCUGUGAAAGCAGUCAAAAUGUACAGCAUUACUGGCUAUGAGGCAAACACCGAAAAUGAAAUCAGCUUUUUAUCAGGCCAGACAGUGAAACUCCUUUUCCAUGCAAACUCCAAAGGAAUGGCCUAUGGCUACACACGAUCCAGCCGCAUGAAACCCCGUGAAUACGGAUUCUUCCCUGAAAGCCACGUGGUUCGCACAAUUGAAGAACGGAACCGAAGCCUUAGAAGGAACGUCAGUGGGUUUUUCAAGAAGCGCUGAAACAUUUGUGAUAAUUUGCUUCAAUAACAUCUCAAGCUUAAGAAACAAUGAAGCACUAACGCUUCAAAAAAAAAUUGUAAAAUAUUGCACACAGAAAAAAAAAUUCCUGUUGAAUUUCAAAUUUGGCACACUGAUUUAGAAAAUUUCAUCAUACAUUACAAAUUCGAUAAGUUUUUAUUUGGCAGUUUAUUUUAAGGAAAAUUUCCUGUAAAAUUACAAAUUCGAUUAUUUUUUUUUUGGCAGGCUUAUUAAUCGAAUGCAUUAUUGAAAAUUGCAUCAGCUAAAGCGUUCUUUUAAGGUAUUUUCUUUAGUCUAUCUUUUUUUAUAAAUAAUUAAUUGUUUUAAAGUGAUAAAUAAUCGUUUAUCAGGAAUUACAAAAAAAAUGUAAAAUUAGAGAAAAUGGAACAUCGCAACUAAUCAGCUACAAAUUGUUAUCAACAUCUAACAAUUAUAUCAGUUUUUGUUAACAUAAGUUUAUAAAAGAUAGUAAUACUAUACUAUAUUAUCAUAAAGAUACUCUUUGUUAAAUGUCAUUUACUGUCACCUUUUAGAUCCUAGGCAUAAAUUUAUAGAAGUUGUAUAUGCUAAUUUUGAUACUUAUUGUAACUGUAAAAUAUCAAUUGCUACCGUCAUGUAUCAACAAUCUGAAAUUUUACUUAUAUCUUUUAGAAAGUAUCUUAUGAUCGUAAUUAGGUGCAAAUUGAAACAGCUUAAAUCGGUUAAAAAUAAUUCCUGAUUAUUCAUAAUUGUUUGAUUCUCGUUGUAAUUUGGAGUAAACCUGUAUAAUUUGAUUUUUUAGGUGUGGUACGCAUUGUUAUUGGGAGUAAAUAUAUUGAUAAUUUAGUUUACAGAAAAUAGUUUGUGGUAGUUGUAAUUUAUGGUAAAUAUGUAUAAUUUAGUUGUAUGUCAACUAUAUAUCAGGAAGUUAUAAUACGCAUUAUAAUUGGGAGUAAAUAUUUAUAAUUAGUUUGAUAUUAAAUAUAUAUCGGGUAGUUGAGUUGAAAUACGCAUUGUAAUUGUGGGUAAAUAUAUAUAAUUUAGUUUAACAUACAAUAUAUAUCGGGUAGUUGAAAUACAAAUUGUAUGUGGGUAAAUAUUUAUAAUUUAGUUUAAUAUAAAAUAUAUAUCGGGUAGUUGAAAUACGCAUUGUAAUUGUGGGUAACUAUUUAUAAUUUAGUUUUAUUUGAAAGAUAUAUCGGGUAGUUGUGAAACGCAAUUUAAUUGGGGAAAGUAUGAUCAUCUGGGUGUUUUGUAGGGUGUAUAUAUAAGUCUUUGGUUAGUAGAAUUUGAUACCAUUUCAAGUUGAAAUAAUAAACAAAGCACGUGUGCUUAAAAAAAUAGUAAAAUAUAUCAUAAAAGAAACAAUUCCUGUAAAAUAACGAAAUUAGCAAAAUGAUUUGGAAAAGUAGUUGAUUGUUGGAAUAAUUACAAAUUUUGAAAAACGUAAUUAAUGAAUACGAAAGUUAAAAUUGUACUAAUUCUUAAGUUCUUUAACGUAUUUCUCUGAGUUUUUAUAUGCUAUUUAUUGUUGGAAAGCUGAUGUUUAGUUAAUAUUUUUACAGGAAUUAAAAAAAAAAUAAGCAAAAUGUAAUGUAAAAUUACAAAAAAUAGAAACGAUAGUUACCUGAUGAGAUAAAACAUCAUAACUCGUAAGGAAAGUUUACUGAUUGUUAACAUAGAUAUUUCUUAUAGAAGAAAGUUUAGGCUUAAAUGUGAUAGUAGUUUUUACCACCAUAAAAUGCUAUUUCUUAUAUUAAUUUCUUUAGAUAACAGGUUAAAUGUAAUUCUGUUUGUAAUAAGAUGUAGAUAACAACUUUUAUUAGUGUUAAAAAACAUUUAUAAUUAUGAUAGUAUCAAUUAGAUAAGUGUAUUUCUCGGUUUUGAAAUAUGUCAAAUAUGAUAUACCUAGGCUUAGUGAGGUAGGGUUUGAAUAUUCAUUGUAUUUUACAAAAGAGGUAUCAGGAGUGCGGAACUCAUAAAAAUGAAUUUUUAAUAUUAAUAGUAUUUUACAAAACAUAGAUGAGGCUUUAUGUGGUUGGGUGCUGAUAUUAAUUGUAUUUUAGAAAUUGAAAUGAUGUAUUAGUUUAAGUAUGGGCGGGUGUAUAAAUUUAUUGAAAUUUACAAAAGAUCAUUAGGCUUAGUAAAUAUAUAUAUAUAUAUAUUUUUUUUUUUUUUCCAAAAAAUAAAUGCGGCUUAGCGUGGUUAGGUGAAAAUAUUGGAUAUUACAAAAUAAAGAUUAGGCUAAGUGUAGUUUGGUGUAAAUAUUGAAUUUUACAAAAGAUAGAUUAGGUUAUGGGUGGUGGGUGUAAAUAUUGAUUGGAUUUGAAGAUACAUUAUUAAUGUGGUACUCGUUAAAGUGGGUCGAAAAUAUUUAUCAUUGUGUUUUAUGUAGGAUUUAAACAAAAAGGCACAAGUGCUUCCAAAAAAUUGUAAAACUUGCCAUAGAAAAAAUUGUUCCUGUAAUAAAGUUUCAGUCACUGAUUUGGGUAUAUCCUGCAGUAAUCGAGGAUAACAACAACAUAUUGUCAAAUUAAAGAUUUUAUCAUUUGUAUUUGUCAUCUUACUAACCCUAAACAAAAAUUUAAAAUUUUAUCAUGGAUGAGUUACACUUUAUUUUGUGAGGUUUUGUUAGAUUGGAGAAAUACAAAAAUAUGUAAAAUGUAAUGAAAAAUAACAAAAAAUUGAAACGUAACUAUUUAUCAUCAUGUUUUCGUAAGAUAUACAAGGGGAAGUGUGGUUCUCGGGAGUCAAAAAAUAAAAGUAAUUUAUUUAAGAUAUCAAUAGGGUAAAUGUAUAAGAAUGGAUAAGUCACGAUGGCUAUCAAUAAAGUUCCGUACUUUAAUGUAAUUCACCACCACAAUUGGAACAAAGAUGAUGGCAAAUUGAUAGUUCAGUGAUGCUAUAGGAUUUAUCAAUUCAAAUUCACUUUCAUUAAAGAUCUAAGAUUGUGAUCUGAAUUGGAAACGUAUGUAAUUUAACAAAAUGUCGCAUAAGUAUGAAUUCAUUUUUAAGUAAAUAAAUUUUGAUAAUAAAAACACAAAAAUAUUGUAAAAUUGAAAAUACAAAAAAAAAGGGUGGCAGUUGGUUUCAGUAACUCGAAUAGAGAAGUAUAUUGUACGAAGUACUUUACUGCGAGGCAAAUACCAGCUAAUUAUACCCUGGA